AUGUCAAUGCCCAAGAGAGGAAGUAAGGGAGGUGCCAGGUGGAAGGACAGAAUGAAUCUUUGCCUCCACAUGGAAUGUCGGCGGUACAUCCCAAGGGGAUUGAAUCUUGAUGAAUGGCUCCAUUCUUCACCUCCAGCUGAUAUCUAUGUUUUAGGAUUUCAAGAAAUUGUUCCUUUGAAUGCUGGAAAUGUUCUUGGCACUGAAGAUAAUCUCCCAGCCAAAAAGUCAGUAUCCCUUGUCAGGAGGACAUUGAAUAAAAAUCCUGGUUCAUGCUGCUAUGGUGGUUAUCGCACACCAUCUCCUGUCCCUGAUCCAGUUGUGGAACAAGAUGCUGAUUUUGAAGGAUCAUCGAGAAGGCAGGAUAGUUUAUCCUAUUUGCAUCGUCGGUCAUUCAACCUUAGCCAGAGUUUAAGAGUUGAAGGGAACCAUAUGUUGCCACACCCAAGGUUGGAUCGUAGGUUCAGUGUCUGUGACCCAGUUAGCUUGGGAUGCAGGCAACAUUGCUUCUCUUUACUAACAUAG